GGUGCACCACGUGGGGAUUGUCGCCGGAGCUGAAUCUCGGGCCGGCGUCCGCUUUGGGUCUAGGUUGGAGUUGGAACCGUGGAGAUGCGGAAGGAAAUCCCGACCCCCCUUGUACCCCUGGCGGCUCGCGAGUGGAACCUUCCCCCCAGUGCGCCCGCCUGUAUGGAACGGCAGUUGGAGGCUGCGCGGUAUCGGUCUGAUGGGGCGCUUCUGCUCGGGGCCUCCAGCCUGAGUGGUCGCUGCUGGGCCGGCUCCCUAUGGCUUUUCAAGGACCCUUGUGCCGCCCCCAACGAAGGCUUCUGCUCCGCCGGAGUCCAGACGGAGGCCGGAGUAGCUGACCUCACUUGGGUGGGCGACAGAGGUAUCCUAGUGGCUUCGGAUUCAGGUGCUGUUGAAUUGUGGGAGCUGGAUGAAAAUGAGACACUUAUUGUCAGCAAGUUCUGCAAGUAUGAACAUGAUGACAUCGUGUCUACAGUCAGUGUCCUGAGCUCUGGAACACAAGCUGUCAGUGGUAGCAAAGACUUCUGCAUCAAGGUUUGGGACCUUGCUCAGCAGAUGGUGCUGAAUUCAUAUCGAGCUCAUGCUGGGCAGGUCACCUGUGUUGCUGCCUCUCCCUACCAGGACUACAUGUUUCUUUCAUGUGGUGAGGACAGUAGAAUUUUACUCUGGGAUACGCGCUGUCCCAAGCCAGCAUCACAGAUGGGCUGCAGUGCUUCUGGCUACCUUUCUACCUCACUGGCUUGGCAUCCUCAGCAAAGUGAAGUCUUUGUCUUUGGUGAUGAAAAUGGUACUGUCUCCCUUGUGGACACUAAGAAUGCAAGCUGUGCCCUCAGCUCAGCUGUACACUCCCAGUGUGUCACUGGGCUGGUAUUCUCCCCACACAGCGUUCCCUUCCUGGCUUCUCUCAGUGAAGACUGCUCACUUGCUGUGCUGGACUCCAGCCUUUCCGAGGUGUUUAGAAGCCGAGCCCACAGAGACUUUGUGAGAGAUGCCACUUGGUCCCCACUCAAUCACUCCCUUCUUACCACAGUGGGCUGGGACCAUCAGGUCAUUCACCAUAUGGUGGCCGCAGAACCUCUUCCAGCCCCAGGACCUGAGAGUGUUGCCGAGUAGACUGGAUUUAAGACAAAGCAAAUCUCCCAUGAGUAUUCACUCCUUGCUCCUACCUCCUCAGUCUGUGAGACAACACAGGAACCUUAUAUAGUAUGUUGAUAUACUAGAUCCGUGCACUUAGCAGGUAUUGUCUCUCAGCCUGAAGAAGGCUAUAUUCUGGGAUCCUGUAGUCAGAGGGAGGAAAAAUUUUCAUGAAAAUGGGUAUGUAUGUGUGUCUGAAUGUAUGAGUGUGUGCACAGACCUAUAAUUUUUGGUGAUGGGGGGAAUAAAAAAAAUCCAUC